GCCACUUUUCCGAGUCCAUAUUUGAUAGAGAGCACUGACCCAUCACAGAUCCCAACAUCUUACAAUCUAGAGACUUGGAAAUGUGAAAUGUCCUAGUUUGUGGUGGAACUUAAAUAAUCAGGGCUUUGGAGGCCCUCCCAUGCCCCAGUAGGAGGCUAACUCCUGCCUCUCUGCCCCAGUGCCUGGCCUCCACCUCUCCCUCUAAUUUAUAAAACCCAUGGCCACAAAGGGCGGAAGCCAAAGGACAGAGGUUUUCUUCUCUGAUACCCCGGAGCCUUGGCAGAGAAAGGUGCCUUGGGGCUUGAGAAUUAGACAGGAAAGCUGAGUAGUUAGUUAAAAGCAUCCUAGAAGUGUAGGGGAAAGGCCUAUGUUACAAAAGGCCUGAGUUCCAGGCCCUGCUCUACUCUGGCUGGCUAUGUGAUCUUGGAUAAAUCUCUUCUCUUCUCUGGGCCUCAGUUUCCCUCCUGUACAAUGGACAUUCUUUUAGAUGAUCUAAUAAUCCCUUCCCCCAGCCUCCCUAACCCUCCCAUCCUCCCUGCCCAAAAUGGCUCUGACAUGCCAGAAGCAGCCCUGAACUGAGGCUGAAAGUCUCAGGUGGGAGUUGCAACCCAUCUCUGAGUUUCUUCCUGAGUUCUGAGCCCUGGCAACAGGUCCUGGUCAGGUAUCAGACUUUGGCAGGUCAGGGCCAUCAGAGGGAAGAAAAGCCCUGUGCCUUUGAGAAAGGCCUCAAGGGGGUCUGCAUUGUGAUGACCUCAUCCACUCUAUGACAUCAUCCUCUCUCCCACCCCAACUCCUCCCUGAUCAACUGCUCUGCAAACAACCAUCAAUCUGAAUCCCAAAGGCCUGAGAAAAUCUGUUCUCCAGUACCUGCUGCUGAUUGUCUGCCUCAGCCAGCAAGAAGCACCAUGAAAUUGGAAUUCACUGAGAAAAACUACAACAGCUUCGUACUGCAGAAUCUGAACAAACAGAGGAAACGCAAAGAGUACUGGGACAUGGCCCUGACUGUGGACCACCACAUCUUCUUUGCACAUCGCAACGUACUGGCUGCGGUCUCUCCACUGGUGAAGAGCCUCAUCUCCAACCACGACAUGAAGACUACCGAUGAGCUCUUUAUCACCAUUGACCCCAACUACCUGAGCCCGACUACAGUGGAUCAGCUCCUGGACUACUUCUACAGUGGCAAGGUGGUGAUCUCAGAGCAGAACGUAGAGGAGCUCCUUCGUGGGGCCCAGUAUUUCAACACACCACGCCUUCGAAUCCACUGCAAUGACUUCCUAAUUAAAUCCAUCCGCCGUGCUAAUUGCUUGCGCUACCUCUUCUUGGCUGAGUUGUUUGAGCUCAAAGAGGUAUCAGACUUGGCCUACUCUGGCAUUCGAGACAACUUCCAUUACUGGGCCAGUCCUGAGGGCUCCAUGCACUUCAUGCGCUGUCCACCUGUCAUUUUUGGCCGCCUGCUCCGAGAUGAAAACUUGCAUGUGCUCAAUGAGGACCAGGCUCUCAAUGCACUCAUCAGUUGGGUGUACUUCCGGAAGGAUGAGCGGGAGAAGUAUUUCAAGAAGUUCUUCAACUACAUCAAUCUUAAUGCUGUCUCCAACAAGACACUGAUGUAUGCCAGCAACAAGCUGAUGGGCAUGGAGAACAGCUCAGCACACUCAACACUGAUUGAGAGUGUCCUGGUGGACCGCAAGCAGGAGAGGCCAACCAGCCUGCUGAGCUACCAGCGGAAAGGGGCCCUGCUGGAUUCAGUGGUCAUCCUAGGUGGCCAAAAGGCCCAUGGCAAGUUCAACGAUGGGGUGUUUGCUUAUAUCAUCCAGGAGAACCUGUGGUUGAAGCUCUCAGAGAUGCCCUAUCGAGCAGCAGCACUUAGUGCCACCUCUGCUGGUCGCUACAUCUACAUCUCUGGUGGCACCACGGAGCAGAUUUCAGGGCUGAAGACGGCUUGGCGGUAUGAUAUGGAUGACAACUCCUGGACCAAGUUGCCCGACCUGCCAAUUGGGCUUGUCUUCCACACGAUGGUGACCUGUGGGGGGACCGUGUACUCAGUGGGUGGGAGCAUUGCCCCAAGGCGGUAUGUCUCUAACAUCUACCGCUAUGAUGAGCGCAAGGAGGCCUGGUGCCUGGCAGGGAAGAUGAGCAUCCCUAUGGAUGGCACAGCCGUGAUCACCAAGGGUGACCGGACCCUGUACAUUGUUACCGGGCGGUGCUUGGUGAAGGGCUACAUCUCCCGGGUCGGGGUGGUGGACUGCUUUGACACCAACACUGGAGACGUCGUCCAGUGUAUCACUUUCCCCAUUGAGUUCAACCACCGGCCCCUGCUCUCUUUCCAUCAGGACAACAUCCUCUGCGUGCACAGCCACCGGCAGAGUGUGGAAAUCAACCUGCAGAAGAUAAAGGCCAACAAGACGACCACUUCAGUGCCUCUCUUGCCCAAUAACUGCCCCUUGGAUGUGUCCCAUGCUAUAUGCUCCAUUGGAGACAGCAGGGUGUUUGUAUGUGGAGGUGUCACCACAGCCAGCGAUGUCCAGACAAAGGACUACACCAUCAAUCCAAAUGCCUACCUGCUGGACCAAAAGACAGGCGAGUGGAAGACCCUGGCGCCCCCACCAGAGGCACUGGACUGUCCUGCCUGCUGUCUAGCCAAGCUACCUUGCAAGAUUCUUCAAAGGAUUUAAACAGCUUUUAAGUGGGAGAAUAAGUAACUGCAUUAUUAUUAUUCACAAUUUAAUGAGAGAGAGAAAGAGAGGAAGGUGGCCUGUUGGUUCCUU